CCUCGUAUAUCGCAUGCGGUUUGCUGUGAGUUUGUUGCGAAGAAUAGACUUAUUCAGGUUAUCAGUCAAUAUCUCUAGACUGCAGUGCCCAAUAGUUCUGCUUGCGUAUUUACUUCCUGAGCUGAAUGCGAAGCUAUUCCUGCAACUAGAACCUAAGAGACGUAAAUCUGGCUCUAGGUGGCAGCUACUUCGAGCUUACGUUCAGACAAACUUUGCCGAUAGUUCAGUUAAGCGGCCCUAGAUUUUCUUGGCCCAUGUUGCGAUAGUUGGCCAAGCAUCUAGUAAGUUGAGUUUGCCUCCUGCAAACAUCGAUCAUACGACAGAAUCAUUGUGCUGUGGAUCUCACGAUUACUUACAUGGCCCUUUCUUGAGUGGAGUCGCCCUGGCUGUCAUCCAGAACCAGAAAUUGACAGAGGAGUUCUGAAAGUGAAGCAAAUACAAGGCGAACAGACUACCAGUGAGAAGGUCGCAAACUCUACUCGUUGGCCUGUUUUGACACCUGAACGCUGUCUGCAUGCAGUGUGGCCUCACAUAAUAUCCACACUAGCAAGAAACGCGGA